AAACUGGUUUUUCAGUCGGGAGGAGAUUGAGAUGAGCACCACUAACUGGAAUGGCAGAUGGUUCCACUUGAGGAAAGUUUUGGAACGAGGUGGGCCUUUGGCUCACCCAGAUUUCCAGGCCUCGAAUGAGACUCUCGAUUUCUUGCUGGACAACUGCAAGAUUCUUGUUGUUGGGGCUGGCGGUUUGGGUUGCGAGUUGCUCAAGAAUUUAGCUCUAAUGGGCUUCCGCCAGCUUCACGUAAUCGAUAUGGAUACUAUCGACGUUUCUAAUUUGAAUCGACAGUUCCUGUUCCGUCACUCGGAUGUUGGGAAACCGAAAGCUGAAGUCGCUGCCAACUUUAUCAACCAGCGCAUCCUCCAUUGCAACGUCACCCCGUACUACGCCAAAAUUCAGGACUACGAUACCAGCUUCUACUCGCAAUUCCACGUCGUCGUCUGCGGGCUGGAUUCGAUUAUCGCUCGGCGCUGGAUCAACGGCAUGUUGAUCAGCCUCCUCUCUUACGAAGACGGAGAACUCGACCCUUCGAGCAUUAUCCCAUUGGUGGACGGCGGAACUGAGGGAUUCAAAGGCAACGUUCGAGUGAUAUUGCCAGGAAUGAACGCUUGCAUCGAGUGCACUUUGGAUCUGUUCCCACCUCAAAUCAGCUUCCCGCUGUGCACCAUUGCUCAUACGCCUCGCUUGCCGGAACAUUGCAUCGAAUACGCUCGACUUCUACAGUGGCCUAAAGAGAAUCCGUUCGGAGAGGACGUUGCGAUCGAUGGCGACGAUCCAAAUCAUAUUUCCUGGAUUUACGAGAAAGCCCUGCAAAGAGCCAACGAAUACGGAAUUCUGGGAGUCACGUAUCGUUUGGCCCAAGGGGUUGUUAAGCACAUCAUUCCCGCCGUGGCGUCAACAAAUGCGGUUGUGGCCGCUGCUUGCGCUUUGGAAGUUUUCAAGUUGGCCUCAUCUUGCGCCCCUAAAUUGGACAACUACAUGGUUUUCAACGAUACCGAUGGGAUUUAUACUUACACGUACGCAGCGGAAAGGAACGAGAAUUGCGUGGCCUGCUCGCAGAUCCCCAAAGAUUUGGUUUUCCAUGAAAAUACACGGCUGAGCGAAGUGAUGGAACACCUAUCGACGACCUACCAGAUGAAGGGACCGGGCGUGACGACCACCGACAAACAGGGCCGUAACCGCACGCUCUACUUGCCCAACGUUAGCAGCAUCGAAGAGCGAACGAGACCUAAUCUCAAGAAAACACUCAAAGAGCUGGAGCUGAAAGAUGGUGCGCAGUUGAUCGUAGCUGACGUGACCUCGCCAAACUCUAUCGAAUUCCACUUGAAGUUGCACGCCUCGAUGGAUACAUAGUGCUGCCGCCCAAAACCUUCCCCGCUUUAGGACUAUCUCGGCGUUUAAGAAGGAAAAAAAACAACGAAAAAAAGCUGCUAUCGCUGUCGGAAUAGAAACGUCUGUUCUGUAUUACUCGUGGCGCUUGCUACCACUACGUUCGUUGGCGAAAAAAAAAAAAAAAAAAAAGUGGGAGGGAGAAAGUGUGUAUCUGU